UUUUGAACAAAAUAUUUUUCAAUUUCACAUUUCACGAUGAAUAUAUCUAUAGAUUUUUUCCUUCGUAUUCUAGCUCUCUCAUUUUUUCACCCUUCCUUUGUUCUUAUAUUCCUUCCGUACUUUUAUUCUAUAGGCUACGGCUUAACUACCCCUGAAUUUUUUUGGGCUAGCAUAUAUACAAGUAUCGUAUGCUUUUUUUGGUUGUUGGGUUAUUUAAGUUUAAAGAGUAGAAACGGUUGGAAGACAAUUAAAACAAAUUGGGAUGACGAAGUGGUAGUUGUCACUGGAGGUUCAGGUGGUGUCGGCGGCCUUCUGACCGAGACAUUGGCGAUCAGGAACGUGACAGUGAUCAUACUGGAUGUUAACCCUCCUGAAAUUGAACAUGUCAACGUAGAAUAUUUUCAAUGCGAUGUUUCAAAUUAUGAAGAGGUUCAACGCGUUGGUAAAGAUAUAAUAGAACAAUUUGGUAGUCCAACAAUACUUGUAAACAAUGCAGCUAUUGUUAGAGGAAAAACUAUUCUUGAUGAGUCGAUACGUGACAUAACAGAUACUAUAAAUACAAAUUUGUUAUCUUCCUUCUGGACCACAAAAGUAUUUUUGCCAGAUAUGAUUAAGAAUAAUCAUGGUCAUAUUGUAACAGUAGCGUCCUCACUUGGAUAUACCGGAUUGCCUCAACUAGCUGAUUACUGUGCUAGUAAAGCUGCUUUGAUUAGUUUCCACGAAUCACUUCGAUAUGAAUUGGAUACUCGCUACGACGCCAAACAAGUUCGCACAACUCUUGUAUGUCCUGGUGAAAUUGAAACUGGAUUAUUUGAUGGUAUCAAAGUUUCAUUUCCAUUUAUUACUCCCCGUUUAGCACCAUUAGAUGUGGUAAAACUAAUUGUCACUGCACUGGACAAGAAUGAAGGUCAUAUUAUUACUACGCCAUAUUAUGUUUAUUUAAUGUCUUUAUUGAGAUUUCUUCCAUCAUUUAUACAAGAUCUUGUUCACAAGUUUCUCGGAGCUAAUGAUGCAAUGAAAACAUGGAGGGGUAAAAAAAGUAUUAAAAAAGACCAAUAAAUUUAUAUCUUGUUGAUAGUGAUGAAUUUACAUUAUAAAUACUUUUCUAAGCAUAAAAUUUAUCAAAAAAUAAAUUAAUAAAAAUGAAUUUUUAUUCAUAUUAUAUAUCCACCACUC